GCCUUCAGCCUUGGGAGAGGCCGGGGCAGAGGAAUAUUGAACAAGAUGGCGGCGAGAGGCAGAGCACUGGAAACGCUGCCCAAGCUGAUCAGAAGCCUGAGGAAGGACUCACCCUCUUCAAUCCGGCGUCAGCCCUUGCCAUCCCUCAGACGCGCUUUUUCUCUCUACGAUCAAAUCAAUCUCAUCGAUAAUGUCCCCGAAGACCAGCUUCGUUUCCAAGGAUAUACCGACACAGGAUUCACUGUGAAUGGUGUCAACUAUGAAGGCAGCUUGCUUUGUGUGGGAAAUUUGCUCACUUCUUGGGGUCCCAAUAAGUUUUCUCAAAUUACUCCCGACAGCUUAUCCAUCUUCCAAAUCAUACGACCUAUUCCAGAAAUCUUGAUUCUUGGCUGUGGAAGGAACAUUGAACCGGUAGAUCCUGAACUCAGGCACUUCAUCCGAUCUACUGGCAUGAAGUUGGAAGCUCUAGACUCGAGAAAUGCUGCAUCUACUUAUAACAUACUGACUGAGGAAGGUAGAAUUGUGGCUGCGGCGCUGCUCCCAUAUGGAGUUUCUUCAUGAAUCUUGCAACUUCUGAUUUUACAAUGGAGGGUUUAAAUUGUGUCAGAGCUGACAAUUAAAGGUCUGAAGGGUUUACCCUGGGUUCAAAGUGAUACACGGUGGUUGGCUUUGCAGCAGUUUCUAUUUGGUGCCUGUGUUUUUUUUGUUGUUCUUUUCCCCCAAGUUCUUGGAAGAGGGCGGAGGCUGUGAACCCCCUGAUAGUGACAUAAAUGUUAGUUGCUUAUGAUUUGUCGAGACCUAAAAGUGAAGCCAUUCUGAGUUGUGGACGGCUAGCUAAUAGAAGUAAUGCUUCAGGCAGUUGAACGUGAUCGUGACUUAUAUGCAUCUUGGUAUGAGGAAGGAACCUUUGUUACUUCCAUGAUAAAAUAUAUUAUUUUGAUGGGUUUCCAUGUGAAA